AUGGCGAACCCAGUACUCAAUUUCAUCACCUUCAACCAAGACCACAGCUGUCUUGCUGUUGGCACUUCCAAAGGGUUUCGCAUAUAUCAUACAGAUCCUUUCUCGCGCAUUUUUAGUAGCGAUGAGAACAAUAUCUCCAUUAUCGAGAUGCUCUUCUCGACCUCUCUAGUUGCGCUCGUCCUCUCUCCCCGGCAUCUAAUUAUACAGAACACCAAGAGAGCCUCUGUUAUUUGCGAGCUCACCUUCCCUUCUGCUGUUCUGGCUGUCCGAUUAAACCGAAAACGCCUUGCCGUCGUCCUCGAGGAAGAAAUCUAUCUGUACGAUAUUAGCAACAUGAGCCUUCUGCAUACCAUCGCCACGUCGCCCAACCCAACCGCCAUAUGCGCCUUGUCGCCUUCUUCCGAGAACUGUUUCAUAGCUUAUCCGCUACCGAAACCUCGGGAGGAUCCCGAUGCGCGCCGACCUGCUCACGCUCCUCCACAGUCGACCUACGUCUCCCCUACGUCGGGCGAAGUCCUCGUCUUUGAUACCGUUGCGCUGAAGGCUGUUAAUGUCAUCGAGGCUCAUCGUUCGCCGUUGUGCUCUAUCUGUCUCAAUAAUGAGGGAACUCUGCUUGCCACGGCUAGUGAGACGGGGACUAUUAUUCGUGUGUUCUCAGUGCCCAAGGGCCAGAAGCUCUACCAAUUCCGACGCGGCACCUAUCCUUCCACCAUAUACAGCAUGUCCUUCAACCUCAGCUCAACUCUCCUCUGUGUAUCCUCAACCUCGGAUACAAUCCACAUUUUCCGCCUCGGGGCACCCCCUGGAAACACGACACCAGCUGGUGCGCCCAUCGAACCUCUUGGAUCUCAACGGCAGGACCGCUGGUCACGCGCACGGAGUUAUGAUGACCCCGAGUCUCCGGGUAAUAGUACGGCAGACUCGUCUAAGAACGAGUCGGUCGAUCUGAUAGGGCCUGGAAACAACGGAUCAGGCAGCAGCAAUUCUGGGCAUCGAAGGCAGAGUGGCUCGUUUAGCAGCAUGCUUCGCCGUUCUUCACAGAUUAUGGGCCGCGGUGUUGCCGGCGUCAUGGGAUCCUACUUGCCGCAAUCCGUCACAGAAAUGUGGGAGCCCCUGAGAGACUUUGCUUAUAUCAAGAUCCCCAAGUCCACAGUUGCGCAGGGUCCUACGCGGGUGAUGCCUGCUGGGCCCUUACGCAGUGUUGUGGCGAUGAGCAGCAGCAGCCCCCAAGUCAUGGUUGUCACUAGUGAUGGCGGUUUCUACGUCUACAAUAUCGAUAUGGAGCAUGGCGGAGAGGGCUAUUUGGUUAAGCAAUUCUCGUAA